AUGAAAGUAUAAACAAUUUUUUGGAAAAUCUAUUGCAAAUUGGAAAAGAAAAAAACAAACAUAUAAAAAACUAUUUAAUUAAAAUGGGAGCUAAUAAAACUUCUAAUUUACAAAAGUGCGGUGAAAUAUUAAUAGACAUAAAAACGAAGAAUAGAAAAAACAAAACGUACAUUUUUCAUUGCACCUUUUGCGACAUACAAUGUGAUCAAUUAAAAAAGUUUUCCCUUCAUCUUGGAGAAGUACAUUUAAAUAAUGCUGAAGAUAUACUAAAUGAGACCGAACUAAAAUUUGAAGCCGAACCGGAAGAAAUUAGGAUUCAAACACUUACAGAGAUUGAAAAUACGGAUAUUAAGAAAGAUUUCGGUAGUUCCAUAGAAAACAGGAAGUAUGUAAAUCCAGAUCCUUUAGAUACAGUAGCACCUGAAAGCUCUGUUUCUAAUAAUGACAUUUUAAAUUGUAAUAUCAAAUGCGAAUUAAAAGAAAGCUCUAUCGAUGGAAGUACUAUUGGCGAAAAUGAAGAAAUGUAUUGUGGCGUAGAUGACAUUGCCAAAGAAACAAAAAAUGAAGAACUUGAAAUUUUUAACACUAACAGUGGCGAUAAAAGUUAUGUGUAUGAUAGUGACAGUGAAGAUGAAUUUAAAGAUGAUUUGGAUCAAAUGCCACUUAAAAAAAGAAAACUUAAUGUUGUUAAAAAAGCCAAACGAUUAAAACAAAAGUCCGUUAAGAACGAAAUGAGCUCUGAUGAAUCCAAGGAUGCAGAUGAUAAUGGCAACGUGGCUAGACCAAAAUAUCUUACCAACGAAGUGCUUGAAGUUAUUUUAAAUGUUUCUGAUGAUGAAGAUUUUACCGAUAGUGACGAAAAUAACUCGCCGGAAGAAAAUGCUGAAUCGGAUGAAAGUGAAGCUGAUUCUGAUUCUGAAUUUAAUGUAAAGGAACAAAAUGAAGAUGUCGACGCACUCGGAGUCUCAUCCGUAGAUAGAACAGUGGAUCCAUUAUUUGUAUCAAAAAAUGGUAUAGUAUGGAAUCCCCAACCAGUAAGCGAUCGUACUGGAAGAAUAUGGAAUGAAAAUAUCAACAAUUUGAGGCCAGGCACAACAAGAUAUGCAAUGGCACGCAUAGAUGAUUUGAAAGAUGCGUUUAUGUUGUUUUUCCCACCGCCAAUUGAGAAUGUUAUUCUGAAGUGGUCAAACACAUAUGCCAAAGCGGAGUACGGCAAACACUAUAUCGAAAUCGACUCACAUUUGUUGCAUGCAUUUAUCGGUGUUCUAAUUUUAGCUGGAGUUUAUAGAUCAAAGAAUGAAACAACGUUGGAUUUAUUCGAUGGUGUAUAUGGACGUCCCAUAUUUAGAGCGAUUAUGUCGAAGAAAACAUUUCAAUACAUGAAUCGAGUUAUUCGGUUUGAUGACGUUAUGAGCAGUCGUCAAAGAAGCUCUACGGACAAAUUUGCUCCAAUUCGGGAAAUAUUCGACAAAUGGUCUGAACUAUUGAGCGAUUAUUUCAACCCAUCUGAAUGUGUUACCAUUGACAAGCAAUUGCUUGGUUUUCGUGGAAGAUCCAAAUUUAAACAAAGUCUACCUUGUAAGACUGAACGACAUGGAAUUAAAUUUUGGCUAUUAGUUUGCUCUGAAACUUGUUACGUUUGGAAAAUCAAACCUUAUUUGGGUAAGCCAGUUGAUGGUUUAGCUGAAAAAAAUCAAGGUGAACGUGUAGUUUUGGAUUUGGUUCGUGGACUGCAUGGUCAUAACAUAACGAUGGACAACUUUUUCUCAUCUUACGAACUUGGUCAGAAGUUGCUGUCCCAAGGGCUAACAAUGGUCGGUACAAUGCGCAAAAACAAAAAAAGCAUCCCACCAAAACUCUUGGAAUGCAAAAAUGUUCCAUUGUUCCAAUCAACAUUUGCAUUCACCGAAAACACAGCACUCGUAUCAUACAUUGACAGAAAAGACAAUUGCGUGCUACUGCAAAGUACAAUGCACGUAUCGAAUGAUGUAGAAUCUGAUGGAAAAAAGUUGCCAAAAAUCAUGAAAUAUUAUAAUAAAACCAAAGGCGGAGCGGAUACAGUUGACAAAAUGUUGUCUUGUUACAGUUCUAAAAGAAAGACGAAUCGAUGGCCUAUGGCGGUUUUCGCAAAUAUGAUCGAUAUCUCAGCUCUAAACGCGAUGAUUAUAUUCAAAGAUGUGAAACCAAAAUGGCAAACAAACAAGCCAACAAUGCGACGAAUUUUCUUGCGUGAGCUUGGAAUAUCUCUUGCAAAAUCAUACAUGACAAUGAGAAAACGCGCACCACGAACCGAGUUGGCGGCCUCUUUACUUUCUGGCAUUAACAACAAUUCGCUAAACGAAUCAGUGGGGGAGCCCAGUAGCUCACUAGCCCAUUCCACAUCUUCCCUGUUACGUGAACCUCCAGAAUUUUGGGAGGUAUCAUCACGAUCAUUUGAUAUUCGUGCAAAAAGUUCCAUAAGUGUUCCUCCAAAUGUCGAAGGAAAAGCUAGAUGUCACAUUUGUUAUAGCGAGAAAUUGAAAACUAAGAAUUAUGUACAUCAAAUGAUCUGUUGUUUCUGCCAAAAAGGUAUAUGUAAACGUUCUCAUAACCGAAAUGUUUGUGUUAAAUGUAUUGAAGAUAAACUAAUUUGAUGUAACAGAUAAGAAAAUAUAUAAAAAUAAAUAUUUUAUUGAUGGUAAA